AUGUCCUUUUACUAUUCUUUUCUGCGAAGUCGGUUCCGCCUGAGGCCAAUAAUCGACACCCUGGCCUGGGUGCCAUUUGGGAUCAUGUUCACUCAAGUCGGUUACUCGGUCAUCAACAUCAAGGGCAACAGCAUGCAACCGACGUUUAACCCCGAGUCGAGUCUGAGGAAGGAUAUGGUUUUGUUGAACCGGUUUGUGGCGUGGUGGGAUGUGACGCAACUCAAGAGGGGCGAUGUCAUUACGCUGCGAGAUCCCACCAACCCAGAUUUGCUUAUUACAAAACGCAUCCUCGCUCUGGAGGGUGAUCUCGUACGCACUCUCCCUCCCUAUCCGGACACGUAUGUGCGCAUCCCCCCUUCGCACGCCUGGGUAGAAGGCGAUGAGCCCUUCCGUUCCUCCGACUCGAACCACUUUGGUCCUGUCUCACUCUCCCUCGUCGACGCGCGGGUGGAGGCGAUCCUCUGGCCGCUCGACCGUAUGCGAGUGCUGCACGGUGCAUGGCAGGCCGCCGCAGAGGAGAGAGAAGGAAAGCGCGGAGACGAGCUGGAGAGACUGAUUGCAGAGGUGGGGAAAAGACCUGGGAGGCAGUAUGCGAUCUUUUGGAAAGAAAUGGAGAGGGCGAGGGGGAGGAUGCAGAGAGUUUAUGUGCAUGGUGGGAUGGAGGGGGUGGGGAAGCAGGUGCUUCGGCAGGGGAGGAGGUGACCAGCGUUGAGUGCGUGGUCUACCUUGCAAUUUCAUAAUAAUUUGGUCAAACAUGUUUACAAUUUAAUGUAUAAUAAUCAACGCG